UGCGCGUCUGUAGUGAGUGCUUUCUGCGCGCGUCGUAGACGAUAACCAAUGCGAUUCGUGUAUUAAAAAAUUACUAGGCGCUAAUUUAGUAUGAAUUGAGGCGUGUUAGAAGUUAGAGGUUGUUUGAAAAUAAGAAAACAAUAUUUAAACGAUUACAUUCAAAUUGUUUUGGUAAACAGCGUUGAUUUGAGCUUCUACUGCGUGAUAAUGCUAAAAAUGUACACGGGAGUCACAAUGUUGCUUGUUGGCUGUUUGCUGGUGAGCUCGCAGCUUAUCAACGCAGCCACACCGCGAUCCAGUGACUUGAACGCUUCGCCAGAAGCUUUUAAAGCAGAGCACCUUAUAGCUGAAUCAGCAACUUCCAACACCGAAGACAACAAUGCCAACAAUAAUAAUGUGUUUACACAUGACGAAAACACUAACAACAACAACAACAACAAUAGUGGUAACAAAGUUCAUCUUGAUGAAUGGAGCGAUCGUGAUAAAUUACUCUUCUACACGCUCGAGGAAUUCGCACUACUCUCCAACUUUACGGUCGAACAUGGCACAGAAGUGCUGCGCAACGUACUCAAAGAUGCGGCCACACUUAAGGAGCCCACCGCAGCGUUGUUAGCACACCUGGCCAACUUUUCCGCUUUCGUCGCACGCGCUGACGCUGUGCGAAAACUGAGCGCUGACGAAAAGGUGGGCGAACUAUACGAUAUGGUCGUACUAUUUACCGAGCUCGUGGAGCGCCAUAAUACAAGCGCGCUGGAGAAUGCCACAACGGAGAGCAUGUACUUGGAGAUGUCGUUGAAGAAGAACGGCUUGGAUAAGUUACAGGUGGAUUUUUUAGAACGUUUUCUCGUCUUUAGCGCGCAUUUUAACGCUCGUAUGGAUAGUUAUUUGGAAAAUUUAACGCCCGAACAGCGUGCGUACGAACGCAAAAUGUUCGAGUGGUAUCGUGCGUUCAAUGCCGAAACGGACUCGGAGAAGAAAGUGGAGAUAUUUGCCAAGUUUUUCGAGCUGUACGCUUGAUCCGCAGCGCGUAUGUGUAACGAAUUUAAACAAUUGCAGUUAAUAAUAAUACUGAUUAAUAUUGCAUGUGUUAAUUAACUA